AUGCAGCUCACCUACGCCGCCGCGCUUGCUUCUGCGCUCUUUUCCUCCGUUGUCCUCGCCGCUCCCUCCGAGGCUGGUAGGAAGCCCGUGACAGCCACCAUCCAACUUGCCAAUGAUCAAUCCGGUGCCAACGCCAAUGUCGUCGUCCCUGUCGAUGGUGUGAAGCGACCCGUCCAGGAACUCUGGGGCAAAACUGCUAUUGCCCACAAUGGCCUUGUCUUCGCGUCGAGCGCUCAGAUGACAGCGUUCCAGCGGACGACAGUCUGCACCUUCACUGAAGAAUCCCGCCUGACUGCAAGCCUGAGCGGCCAAAAGACUUGGGUGUCCCUGGGCAGACCAGUCGUGGACCUUUGUUCUGCCUACGUUGUGUGUGUAUGUGAGGGAAUGUGA